AUGGUAUCUCUAACGCAAACGCUGGCCAUGCUUGGGUUUGCCGCCGUCGCCCACGCCCAGAUUCCGUGGUUCUUCGAACAAGAGGCCCAGGUCGAAAGCAUCUGCAACACGGACGAGUCUAAGAAUGCAGUGUGCUACCAAGACAUGGAAAAGGUCAAGUUCGCCAAGUCGGCGGCCGUGGCGCGCCUUCGCAUUGGCAGUGCGUGGUGCUCGGGGUGGCUCUUCGGUUCGGAAGGCCACCUGAUCACCAACAACCACUGCAUUAACAACGAGGCUGCGGCAUCGCGCACGACUGUCGAGCUUGCCGCAAUUGCCCCCGGCUGCGCCGAUUCUGUCUCGAUGGGCAGCCACCCUGGCGUGAUUGCGUCGACCAGCGUCACGUUGAUUCUGAACGACGUCAAGCUCGACUUUGCCCUCGUCAAGCUCAACCUCGUCAAUGGGUUCGACUUGAAGCCGUUUGGCUACCUCCAAGCGUCACAAACUCCCGUGCAAGUUAACGACACGGCAUAUAUCAUGGGCCAUCCUUAUGGAAAACCUCGCCGCAUUGCCAUGGUUAAGGACGGCACGACGCCAGGCCGCAUCACCACCACCAACUACACCGAAUCCAUCCAAACGGAUUGCUACAACGUGGACCGGUUGGGCCACAACCUGGACACGGAAGGGGGCUCGUCGGGGUCGCCUCUCAUGGCCGCAAAAACGAACACCGUUAUCGGCGUCCACAACUGCGGUGGCUGCAAGGCUUCCACGGCCGACUACGGCUCCAACUACGCCAUCAAGAUUUCGUACAUUGUCGACAUGUUGCGUAGCAAGACCCUCCUUCCCAAGGACGCUGUCGCCCAGGACCCGUCGCCAACCACGACUCCUUCGACUAUCGCUCCCGUCCCGUCCAAGUGCUCGUCCAUCAAAGACGAUGUGGACUACGCCGGCUUUGACCUUGCCAAUACGAAUCGUACGAAUGCGGGAGAUUGCUGCGCUGAUUGCGACGGCACCCCUGGAUGCAAAUUGUUUGUGUGGUCGUCAUACAACGGCGGGACCUGCUGGUUAAAGUCGGAAGUGGGCGUCGAGGUCACAAGCGUAGGCGUCAAGUCGGCGGUGUUGAUAAACCCCACAACGACAACCGCUGCCCCGUCGACGACGCCCCCGUUGCCGGAUCCCGACCUUUGCACGCCUGCUGAAGCCAACUACGACUUUCCAGGCAAUGACAUCAGAUCGGUGUCGUCUCGGCAAUUCAAGGACUGCUGCGCCGAAUGCUCGGGCACCCCCGGAUGCAACUUUUACGUCUGGACAGACUACAACAGCGGCACGUGCUGGCUGAAGUCGAAGCAGGGCGGGAAGGCUUCCACGGCCGACUACGGCUCCAACUACGCCAUCAAGAUUUCGUACAUUGUCGACAUGUUGCGUAGCAAGACCCUCCUUCCCAAGGACGCUGUCGCCCAGGACCCGUCGCCCUCGACCGUGAAGCCCACAACUGCGGCGCCUACCACCGCUGCCCCAACCACGACUCGUUCGACUAUCGCUCCCGUCCCGUCCAAGUGCUCGUCCAUCAAAGACGAUGUGGACUACGCCGGCUUUGACCUUGCCAAUACGAAUCGUGCGAAUGCGGGAGAUUGCUGCGCUGAUUGCGACGGCACCCCUGGAUGCAAAUUGUUUGUGUGGUCGUCAUACAACGGCGGGACCUGCUGGUUAAAGUCGGAAGUGGGCGUCGAGGUCACAAGCGUAGGCGUCAAGUCGGCGGUGUUGAUAAACCCCACAACGACAACCGCUGCCCCGUCGACGACGCCCCCGUUGCCGGAUCCCGACCUUUGCACGCCUGCUGAAGCCAACUACGACUUUCCAGGCAAUGACAUCAGAUCGGUGUCGUCUCGGCAAUUCAAGGACUGCUGCGCCGAAUGCUCGGGCACCCCCGGAUGCAACUUUUACGUCUGGACAGACUACAACAGCGGUACGUGCUGGCUGAAGUCGAAGCAGGGCGGGAAGGUGGUAUCGUUCGGGUCUCGCGCGGCGUUCGCCGCUGCCGGUAGUACACCGACGUGCCUCCCAGUGGAAGCGAACACGGAUUUUAGCGGCGAAGACAUUGCCGACGUCGCGGGGGCUCCUGACUCGUGCUGCGGCGCGUGCAAAGCCAACGACAAGUGCAAUGCGUACAGCUGGUUCAACGGCGUGUGCUACCUCAAGGGCAUGCGCCGCGGACAUUUCCACAAGGCGAACGUGCACUCGGCGCGAGUGUACAAGUGCCAGCCGCUGGAAGUCAACAUGGAUUUCGUCGGCAACGACAUCAGCAACGUGUCGGCCGAGGCGGCCGAGGACUGCUGCGCCGUGUGCCGCAACACGGCCGGCUGCAAGGCGUUCUCGUAUGCGUAUGGCGUGUGCUACUUGAAGAGCAGCAAGGGCGCGACCAAGUCGGAUGGUAGUGUCACGUCGGCCGCAGUCUAA